UUGCUCCAUUCCUCUUUACUUUACUCUGUUGGGCAGAGUUGAGGCGUUUCUAGCAGCAGCAGAUCUAACUACCUGCACAGGAGCCACCAUGGCGACUCCUCUCACCGACCAAGAGAAGCGCAAACAGAUCAGCAUCCGGGGGAUCGUGGGAGUGGAGAACGUGGCCGAGCUGAAGAAGGGCUUUAAUCGCCACCUGCACUUCACCCUGGUGAAAGACAGGAACAUAGCAACGCCCAGGGAUUACUACUUUGCUCUGGCCCACACUGUUAGAGACCACCUGGUGGGGAGAUGGAUUAGGACGCAACAGUUCUACUAUGAAGCAGACCCCAAGAGGGUUUAUUAUCUGUCCCUGGAGUUCUACAUGGGCCGGACGCUGCAGAACACCAUGAUCAACUUGGGCCUGCAGAAUGCCUGUGAUGAGGCCAUCUACCAGCUUGGCCUGGAUAUGGAGGAGCUGGAGGAGAUCGAGGAGGAUGCAGGACUGGGGAAUGGAGGGCUGGGCAGGCUGGCAGCAUGUUUCUUGGAUUCCAUGGCCACCUUGGGUCUUGCAGCAUAUGGUUACGGUAUCCGAUAUGAAUACGGCAUCUUUAAUCAGAAGAUAAGAGACGGUUGGCAAGUGGAGGAGGCAGACGAUUGGCUGAGGCAUGGAAACCCCUGGGAGAAGGCCCGCCCUGAGUAUAUGCUUCCUGUUCACUUCUAUGGACGUGUAGAGGAGACUAGAGAUGGACCCAAAUGGGUUGACACUCAGGUUGUUUUGGCGAUGCCUUACGACACGCCCAUUCCUGGCUACAUGAACAACACUGUGAAUACGAUGAGGCUGUGGUCAGCCCGUGCACCGAAUGACUUCAACCUGAAAGACUUUAAUGUAGGAGAUUACAUAGAAGCUGUUCUGGACAGAAAUCUGGCUGAGAACAUCUCCAGAGUCCUCUAUCCAAAUGAUAAUUUCUUUGAAGGAAAGGAGCUCCGUCUGAAGCAGGAGUACUUUGUAGUGGCAGCCACUCUCCAAGACAUCAUCCGCCGCUUCAAGACCACUAAGAAGGAGAGCCUCAAGAGGACCUGCUUUGAUGGUUUCCCAGAUAAAGUGGCCAUCCAGCUGAAUGACACCCAUCCUGCCAUGGCCAUUCCCGAGCUGAUGAGGAUCUUUGUGGACAUUGAGAAACUUGACUGGGACACGGCCUGGGAUCUCACCAGGCGUACGUUUGCUUACACCAACCAUACGAUUCUCCCUGAGGCUCUGGAGCGCUGGCCUGUGGAGCUGCUGGAGAACCUUCUUCCCAGACACUUGCAGAUCAUCUACCAGAUCAACCAGGCUCACCUGGAUAAAAUUGCUGCCCUCUUUCCCAAAGACAUCGACAAACUGAGGAAGAUGUCUCUGAUUGAAGAGGACGGCUGCAAGAGGGUGAACAUGGCCCAUCUGUGCAUCGUAGGAUCUCACGCUGUCAAUGGAGUUGCCCAAAUACACUCCAACAUCAUCAAAACCCAAGUCUUCAAGGACUUCAGUGACCUAGAACCGGGCAAAUUUCAGAACAAAACUAACGGCAUCACUCCCAGACGCUGGCUGCUCCUCUGCAACCCUGGACUGGCUGAGCUCAUCGCUGAGGUCAUUGGGGAGGACUACGUGAAGGACCUCAGCCAGCUGAAAAAGCUGAAUGACUUUGUCGACGAUGUGGCCUUCAUCCGUGACGUCUCAAAAGUCAAACAGGACAAUAAGCUGAAGUUCGCCCAGUAUCUGGAAAAUGAGUACAGGGUGAAGAUCAACCCAUCCUCCAUGUUCGACGUCCAUGUCAAGAGGAUCCAUGAGUACAAACGGCAGCUGCUAAACUGUCUUCACAUCAUCACCUUGUACAACCGCAUCAGGAAGAACCCCAAUGCACCUUUCGUACCACGAACGGUGAUUAUCGGAGGAAAGGCUGCACCUGGAUACCACAUGGCGAAAUUGAUUAUUAAGCUGAUUACAUCUGUGGCUGAUGUGGUCAAUAAUGAUCCUGUGGUAGGAAGCAAGCUGAAGGUAAUCUUCCUGGAGAACUACAGGGUUUCUCUUGCAGAAAAAGUGAUCCCUGCAACAGAUCUGUCAGAGCAAAUCUCCACCGCUGGCACUGAGGCUUCAGGAACGGGCAACAUGAAGUUUAUGCUGAAUGGAGCUCUGACCAUCGGAACCAUGGAUGGAGCCAACGUGGAGAUGGCAGAAGAGGCGGGAGAGGAGAACCUGUUCAUCUUCGGCAUGCGGGUGGAGGAUGUGGCCGAAAUGGACAAGAAGGGAUAUGAUGCCAUGUCCUACUAUGAUAAAAUCCCUGAGCUGAAACAAGUAAUGGAUCAGAUUGCAAGCGGAUUUUUCAGCCCCAAGAAUCCGGAGCUUUUUAAGGACCUCACUAACAUGCUCUUCAAACAUGACCGAUUCAAAGUGUUUGCAGACUUUGAAGACUACAUAAAAUGCCAAGAAAAAGUCAGCAAGCUCUAUCAGAAUCCAGUGGAAUGGACAAAGAUGGUAAUCAAGAACAUCGCAGCAACAGGAAAGUUCUCCAGCGACAGAACCAUCACAGAAUAUGCUACUGAGGUGUGGGGCAUGGAGCCCACCGACCUGAAGAUCCCUCCCCCUAGUGAGCCCAGGGAGGCCAUCGAGGAAACGGUCAAAGCUCUGAAGAAAAUGUGAAAAUGUUUCGCAUCCCCUGGGCUGCCAUUUCGUUUACAGAACAAAGCCUUUA